UCAUAUUUCUCCUGCAAAAAUAAAGUUCUUAAUUAAAAAAAAAAAUAAAAGGGAGAUGUUUAUAUUUAGGUGAAUAUUCAUUUGUUGAAUUUUUCUUUAUUAUUUAUUAAGACCCUCCUACAAAAACUUCAGAACUUCCAAUCAAAAUUAUUGCGACUCGUAACAAAAGCACCACGGUACGUUGCUACAAAACUCUACAUACUGACUUCCACCUUCCAAAAGUUGACCAACCAAUAACGACCCUUUACUAUCAUUUAUAUCUUAUAUUUCGAGCAGAUUUGCUGAUUUUUGACAAAGUUGACAGGCUCAAAUACAUUUGUUAUAGCCAAGAAAAUAAUUGAUUUAGAUCCCAAACAUACUUUAACAGCUUAAAACUAAAAUUAUAAACAUAAAUAAAGUGGAACGAAGUCUUCUAUAUUCACAAAUUAUCAACAUUUAAUCAAUAAUCCGUAUUCAUUAAUAAAAACGCAAUACUGGAUUAUCAAAUUAUAAAGAUAUAGAAACAAAAAAAAAUGAGUGCAGUGUCUUUAGCAAAGGCAACCAUGAAUAAAGAUCAUGAUCCCAAACAUUCUUAUCGGAAAUUAUCAGGGUUUUCGUGAGCAUAUAUUUGUCCCGGAUAGGGCAGCUAGAUCAGUCUGUUAACAAAUUAGUUAGGAUUUGUUGAUCGGGAAUUUUCUUACCAUAUCCAAGGGAGAAGGGGAGGAAUCUAUACUUAUAGGCGUGAAAUCAAGGGAUCCUCCAAGUAUAAUUUCUUCAGCGACUUCGUCGAAUGCAUCAGUAGCGACCACAGGGAGCACAUCGGUCCUUCUUGGAGUCAAGGUGAAGAAGUACCUCAAGAGUUCCAAUAAACAGGACAAGCUGACCCAGAAAGAACUCAACAUCUUGCUAGCGUCCCAACCAGACAUGGAAUCAGGCAAGAAAAUAGAAAUGGAAGACCCUUCAGUGGAGAAGAUCCCGCAAACGUCCAGUCGAGGAUCUUUGGUGAAGCAGGUCCUUGCGGCUCUGGCGGUAUCCUUAGGUUCAAUGGUCGUCGGCUUUUCUUCCGCCUUUACAUCCCCAGCUUUGGAAUCGAUGAACGAUGAAGGCAGUCGACUUCACAUAACAGCAUCAGAGGCAUCUUGGAUUGGAAGCCUCAUGCCCUUGUCAGCUCUGUUUGGUGGGAUCAUAGGAGGUCCCCUUAUUGAAAACGUGGGAAGGAGAAACACCAUCAUAAUGACUGCCAUUCCUUUUUGUGUCUCGUUUUUGUUGAUUUACUUCGCCCAACACGUUUCUCUCAUCAUGGCGGGUAGAUCCCUGACUGGAUUAGGUGUGGGGAUUGCUUCUCUUGCCCUUCCAGUAUACCUUGGUGAAACUGUAGAAGCCAGGGUACGAGGAACACUAGGACUUUUACCAACAACACUAGGAAAUAUGGGAAUUUUGGUGUCAUUCACUGCUGGAACUUAUCUAGAUUGGACAAAUCUGGCUCUUCUUGGCGCAUGUCUGCCAAUUCCCUUCUUUAUUUGCACAAUACUUAUACCUGAGACACCAACUUGGUUCAUCAACAGAGGAAACGAAAAGAAAGCAGAAGCUUCUCUGCAGUGGCUAAGGGGAAAAAAAGCAAAUGUUCAUGAAGAAAUGGCGAACAUCCUUAAAGCACACAAAGAAGCCUACCAUGAACAAAAUGACAAUGUUCUCAAGGAGUUGUUUAGCAAAAAAUACUAUUUGCCAUUUGUUAUUUCAAUCGGCUUGAUGUUCUUCCAACAGUUCAGCGGAAUCAAUGCAGUCAUCUUCUACACAGUUACAAUCUUUAAGGAUGCUGGUAGCACAAUUGAUUCAAACCUAUGCUCAAUAAUUGUUGGUGCAGUCAACCUCGCCUCGACAUUGGUCGCAACAGUGCUGAUAGAUAAACUUGGAAGGAAAAUAUUGCUCUACAUAUCUAAUUCUUUGAUGACUGUCACGCUGCUUAUUUUGGGAGGUUUCUUCUACGGCAAAGCUAAUGGUUAUGAUAUGGAACAAUAUGGUUGGGUACCCCUCCCAGCAUUUGUCAUCUUUAUAUUUGGUUUCGCAAUUGGAGCAGGACCGAUUCCAUGGCUCAUGAUGGGAGAAAUAUUACCAUCAAAAGUAAGAGGUACUGCCGCAUCCAUAGUCACAGCUUUCAAUUGGACAUGCACAUUCAUCGUAACAAAAACAUUCAUUGACAUGAGCAAGGCUUUUGGCACACACUCGGCAUUCCUGAUGUUCGCAAUAAUCUGCGCAAUCGGACUGAUUUUUACAUACAAAAUGGUUCCAGAGACGCAGGGGAGGACACUUGAAGACAUAGAGAACAAUUUAAUGGCGAGGAGGCGGUCGAGCAGGCUGUCUAUCAAAUCAUUGAAGAAGAUAAACUCCCUAGCAUAUUUGAAACCGUUUCCAUCAAUGUUGUAAACUAAUAGGAUAUUUCAACUAGACUGAAAAGCCAUAAACAAAAAUAAUAGGAAAAGCCAAUCUGACUGUGAUGUUUACCUAUAGGCCCAAAGCAAUAUUUUGUGAUAAAAAGAGUGCACAUUUUGUCUUAUUGUGAAAUCAAAAGCAUUCCAUCCAUAUUAAAAUAAUUGAAUAUUCCAAUGUAAAUUUGUUGAUGCUUGAUGUGUGUGCCUUUGUGUACUUAAUGGUGCACUUGUAGAUUGUUAAGUGAGAUACCAAAGAUCUGAUAUUCCUAUUAAUAUCUUAUUUUUCUAUUUGGUAUGAUAGAAUGUUUUUGAGACAGGAGUUUUUACUUCUGAAUAUUGCACCAAUAUAGCUAUAUGCAUAAUUUAAUUGUAAAUAUUUUUAUUUUCCUAAUAGUGUAUUUUUUUAUUUAUUUGAGAAGACUGUAUAUAUAGUUUUUAUAGUACAAAUAGAAGAUUAUUUUACAAAAAAAAUAUUUAUUGAAUAAAUGUAAGUGCCAUGGUUCAAACCUUGGAUUGUUGUCUUAAUGUAUAUAAAAAAUUUGAUAUAAUUAUUUUUGUAAAGGAUUUAUAUUUCCUAUUAAGGAAAAAUAUGAAAAAUAAAAUUUUUAUCUUACUUUAUUUUCUUGUUUACUUAAUAACCACAUAUUUUUCUGCUCUAGAUCUAGGAAUACAUAUGUAACUUU